AUUCGGCCCUUUCGAUGAGUCUCUUGUUGACCCCCCAGUGCGCUUGAACCUGAACGCUCGCGUUCUACGACCCCGGUGUCAAUCAGUCUUUGCGACGUGACCCUAAGAGCGCCGCGUUGCGCUGGUGGGCCCCUCACCACGACCAAUUUUCUCGCGCGAUCACAUCAACCUUUCGGAGGGAAAAAAGGAUACACCUGCGAUGGCUUCUCCAUUCGAUUCGGGGCCAGGCCUCGCGAGCCCGGAUCUCAAUGGCUUGUCGUCCUCUCGAUCGCCGUUGUCGCGAACCGCCGACCCGACCGUUCCGCGGAGGGCGCCGGGUUCGAAAAUCCCGCCGGGGAUGCAACCCCAGACUGGGAAAGGAAGUCUCAAACAGGAAGAUUUCAUGAAUGGGAUGGAACGCGAUUUUAAAUCUAAACACUUUGGGUUGAUGGGGGUACUCGGAUGGAUUUUGUUUCUACACGUGGUUGGGAUAUUUUUCUUUACGAAAGGGUUUCUGUUGACGCGCAUGGUGCUGGACAAUAAAUCGUCUUGUGAGGUGCUACCGUAUGCCGACCCAUCGGCGCAGUCCGCUACGCGCGGUGCGGACCAAGGGUGUUGGCAUCCCAAGACAUUCGACAAGGCUGUGGUGGUGAUCAUCGAUGCUCUGAGAUACGAUUUUACGGUGCCCUUCGCACCCAGUUCAGAGAGUGAAAUGGCGCAUCUGUUCCACGACAACAUCCCCGUCCUGUACGAAACCGCCGUCAAUACGCCGGAGAACGCCUUCUUGCUCCCCUUCAUCGCGGACCCCCCCACCACAACCCUCCAACGGCUCAAGGGUUUGACAAGCGGAACGCUGCCGACUUUUGUCGACGCGGGUUCCAACUUUGCGGGGACCGCGAUCGACGAGGACAACCUCGUCGCUCAGCUCCGCGCCGCGGGGAAGACUCUGGUCCAGCUGGGGGAUGAUACCUGGCACGCGCUCUUCCCCGGCUACUUCGAUGCCAAUCUCACCCGGGCGUUCGACUCGUUCAACGUCUGGGAUCUGCACACUGUCGAUAACGGCGUGACAGAGAACCUGUUUCCCCUCCUGAGCCGCGAAAACUCGACCAAAUGGGACGUCAUCUUCGGCCACUACUUGGGUGUUGACCAUGCGGGCCAUCGCUAUGGCCCCAACCACGUCGCGAUGGGUGCAAAGCUCCGGCAGAUGGACCAAGUCAUCAGAGAACUCAUCGCCAAGAUCGACGACGAUACUCUGUUGGUCGUGAUGGGCGACCACGGCAUGGACUCGAAGGGGGACCAUGGCGGCGAAUCCAGCGACGAAGUCGAGGCAGCGUUAUGGAUGUACUCGAAGAAGGGUAUAUUCGGCCGCACCAGCACCGAAGCGGUGGUGCCGCCCCGCUUUGCCCGCGAUCGAUUUGUCCCUCAGAUCGAUCUGGUCCCGACCCUGUCGCUGCUGCUUGGAAUGCCGAUUCCGUUCAACAACCUGGGCGCGCCGAUCGAUGAGGCCUUCGCGGGCCGUAGCGGAAACGACUGGAAGAACUUGAUGACCGUUAACCGGUUGACCGCGGCUCAGAUCAAGAGAUACCAGCACGCGUAUGCUCUGAGCCACGGUGCGGACGAGGGACAAGAAUACAAGUCGCUGGGGCUCUGGGAGGCGGCCGAAAACACUCUGGCAAAGGGUGGAAAGUCAAAUGUGGCGGCUGCCUACCAGUUGUAUCGAGAGUACGAGCGCAGCACCUUGGAUAUCUGCCGUGGGCUGUGGGCGAAAUUUGAUAUUCCGAGCAUGCUGCAGGGUGUUGCAGUUCUCGUCGGGGGAGUAGCCUUGCUGGUGUUCUAUGCGCGAGGCAUGAAGGCGGACCGCACGGAGCUUACCGCGCCCCUGCUUUCCUCCGCUGGAAUCGGCUCUGGCGUGGGCGCCGUGGCUGGUGUCUUGCUCGCCGUCACUAAGGUGCUGGACAUGCCGGCAGUGGAAGCAUCCGCCUUGAUUGCUGCUUCGGGGAGCAUCGUCGCCGCUUCGUUCGCGAUCUUCGGCACCCCAUCGCGCUUGACACUGCCGCUCCCCAACUCCCUAUGGGGCUGGCUUGCGUUGGUGUUCACUGUCAGCCAGUCCAUCGGCUUUGCCUCCAACUCGUACACGAUCUGGGAAGACGACAUCCUUCUGUUCUUCCUCUCCACCUUCGGCGCCGUCGCGGGUAUCUCCUCCAUGCGGCAGAAGUCGACCGCGGACCGCGUGCUAGGAGUCUACCACUCGAUCCUCUUCAUCAUUCUCGGACGCAUCGCUUCGUUCUCGCGUCUCUGUCGUGAAGAACAGAUGCCGUUCUGCCGCUCGACGUACUAUGCCAGCGCCACUUCGUCGACCUCGGCCCCGUGGCAGCUUGCGAUUCCUUUCAUCGUCGCGCUCGUCCUCCCCACCGUGGUCAAGGGCUUCUAUGCUGGGUCCAAGUCCUACGAGGGGAUCGCCACGCUUUGGAUCGGAUAUGGCUUCCGGGUCGGGCUGGUCCUCACGUCCGUCUUCUGGAUGCUGGAGGGCGCCGACGAUGGCGAAUGGCUGCCAGUGAGCAAGGAAACCCUGAAGACGAUCCGCGUGUUCGUCUCUCAGCUGGUGCUCGCGUUGGCCUUUGCGGCUGGCAUGACUGGGUAUAUAUACUCCAAGCCGUGCGUCAGCAUCGACGUCAACAAAGGUGACUCCGAGCCUGAGGCCAAGAGCAAAUCUCCGACCUCCACGCAGCAACCUGGCCGCACAACCGUCACCAUCCUCGGGUUCGGCAACGUCUACGGAACACGGUCCUUCCUCCUGGUCAUCAACUUCUGUCUCGCCAUAAUCCUCAUGCAGAAGCCAAUGGGCCAGGGCGCCAUCGGCCUGCUGCUCUGGCAGAUCCUGUCGUUGCUCGAAAUCCUCGACACGAACGCCCUAGUGUCCACAAACUCAUCCAUCGGGCCCGUCGUCCUAGCCCUCCUGGGCUCUUUCCACUACUUUAAGACCGGCCACCAGGCCGUCCUCAGCAGCAUCCAAUGGGAAUCCGCCUUCAUCCCUCUCUCCACCGUCCAAUACCCAUGGUCCCCCAUCUUGGUAACGCUCAACACCUUCGGCCCCCAGAUUUUGACCACUGUCGCCGUCCCGCUCACCGUCCUCUGGAAACGACCCCUCCAGCUGAGCGACCAGACGGGUUCGCAGUCCGCCAAGGCUAAGAGCCCGACAAUUAAGAUCCUCUCUGAUGUCGUCCAGGCGGCCUGUACAUACCUGCUCUACUUUGCGACCGUUAACCUCGCGACAACGAUGUGGGCUGGUCAUCUCCGUCGGCACCUCAUGCUGUACCGCAUCUUUAACCCCCGGUUCAUGAUGGGCGCUGCUCUGCUGGGGGUUGUUGAUGUCGUGCUGGUGUUGUUCUCUGUUGCCGGGGUGCGGUAUAGUGUUUUGAGCGUGGGUGAUAUUUUUGGGUGGUAGAGUGUCCUCCUAGCUGCUUGACUCCUUCACCAACACUUCCGACUCCGUCAUUCGAGUUGAGUUGCCGGUCCCCUCCCUUCGUCUGUUGUAGGGUCGGUCCGACGACCAUCCAUUGACCGAGUAUCUACCCUGUUGGGUCGGUCACUCCACGACUGAAAUGUUGCCCUUCUACUAGGCACUGUCGUGGGAUUCCCUCGUUCUUUCAUCACAUUUUAUCUUAUUUAUUUAUUAGUAUUCUUUUUUUUCUUGCAUAUCAAUACUCGU